AUGUGGGGAAUCAUGUUCGAGGCAAAGAUCUUUGGAGACGCCACCUUCUACGUCGAUACUACCAGCGAGAGAUUCACCGAGUUUCAUCAAAGGCCACUCACAACGUUCUCAUCGUUGACGGAUAUUAAAUACAGAAUGACGUUUGAUGCAGAGCUUGUAGCCGGAUCUUCAGUGUGGUUCGCGCUUCCGCAGCUCUACCCAAUCACCUUUCACAACCGCUAUAAUGGACUGAAGCCAUCUUUGGCUGAGGCAGUGGAUAAUAUUGGUGGAAAGUUUCUCAGAUUCCCCGACGGCAACAACCUAGAAGGACCCGAUGUCGAGAAUCGAUGGAAGUGGAAUGAGACAAUUGGUGCUCUGACUUCUCGCCCCGGUCAUCAAGGGGCUUGGGGAUAUCCAAACACAGAUGCUCUGGGUCUUCAUGAGUACUUUGAGUGGUGUGAUGACAUGCAUUUCAAGCUCUUUCUGGACGUCUAUUCCGGGUACGCUCUUGACGGCACUCAUAUCACUGGCGAGGAUUUGCGACCCUUUGUUGACGAAGUUCAGUGCGAACUCGAACCUUGGCCCAUGAAAUGGGUUAAAAUCGGAAACGAAGACGAUUUCGGUUGUAGCAGUUACCUGGAAAGAUUUGCUGCCUUUUAUAACGCCAUCUGCCUGGCGUAUCCAGAGCUUCAACUCAUUGCUUCAGCAACUGGAUUCAAUUGCCUACCUGAUCCAUUUCUAGUAGAUGCGUGGAUCGACUACCACGCAUACAAUGUCCCUGAAAACUACAUUGUCAACUUUGCUCAGUGGGACAAUGUCUCCCGCAGGAAUAAGUACAUCAUUGGCGAAAUGGGUCAUUGGGGGGUACAGUGGUCGGGCAUGAAGGGUUCAGUUUCCGAGGCCAUCUUCAUGCUUGCAUUGGAACGCAACAGCGACCUCAUCCGAGGUGUGGCGUUCGCACCCUCAAUCAGUCUUGUUGAUCAACCGCAAUGGGCUCCCAAUCUGAUUCCGUUCAAACAAGCGCCUGACGCCAUUGUUUACACCUCCAGCUACUGGGUACAGCAGCUCUUCGCACAGAACUCCGGAACCAUGACACAUGAGAUCACCCCGGACACCCGUUAUUGUUAA